AUGCCGACAAGAAAAAAAGGACCUGCAAGAAAUGCAACUGUUGAGCAUGUUAAUACGAAAACUAGUAGACAACCUGGAAGAUCCACUCAGUCGGCAGCUCCUGAUAAGAAAGUCAAUGAUCUAAUUACUUCUUCCUCCAAAAAGCAGAAACCUGCCGAAGACCCUCUGAAGAAGAACCAAGUUCUCAGUGGUGGAAGAAAAUUAACAUCUCUAUGUGAUUCUGAUACUGAAAAUGGAGUUGCUGAUGUGCCAAGUAGUAGUAUGCUUGAUCACAAGCUGUCUCACGGAAAUGAUGAUGAACCAUGUGAGAACAUAUUUUCUCAACCAUUCCACCAUCAUAAUGAAGACGGCAGUGAUGGCUUGAGCAAAGUUCCUGUGCAAUCAACAUGUGGUAAUACAAAGCGCGCAGAUGAUGAGUACAGUGAAUUGGGUAGUCUUUCUCCCGAGGUGUCUGCUAUAUAUCUUGCAAUGCAGCACUCUAAGCUGGAGUGUAUUGAUGAACAAAGUCAAGAUUCUAUCUCAACAGAUGGCGGGUGUGCUGAUCCUGAUGAGACUGAGGAGCUUGAUGAGUUUGACCCUUAUACCUUCAUAAAGGAUUUGCCUGAGUUAUCUAUGGUUGUACCCAAGUUUCGACCCGUUCUUCUUCCAAAGCAAACUCGGAGCUGCCCUCGAACCACCCUUGUCCUUGAUCUGGAUGAGACACUGGUGCAUUCUACUCUUGAGCCGUGUGAAGAUUCUGAUUUCACUUUCCCAGUUCAUUUUAAUCUCAGAGAUCACACAAUCUAUGUACGGUGCCGUCCAUAUCUGAAAGAUUUCCUGGAGAGAGUAGCCAGCAUGUUUGAGAUAAUCAUCUUCACAGCUAGUCAAAGUAUCUAUGCAGAACAACUACUUAAUGUUCUUGAUCCCAAAAGAAGGUUGUUCCGUCAUCGAGUUUAUCGUGAGUCUUGUGUCUAUGUGGAGGGCAACUAUUUAAAGGAUCUAUCUGUUCUUGGGCGUGACUUGUCUCGUGUUGUCAUAGUUGACAAUUCUCCGCAGGCCUUUGGGUUCCAACUAGACAACGGCAUACCGAUCGAGAGCUGGUUCGACGACCCAAACGACAAGGAGCUGCUAGCACUGCUGCCAUUCUUGGAAAGUCUGGUUGGGGUGGAAGAUGUCAGGCCAUUCAUCGCAACUAAGUUCAACCUCCGCCAGAAGGUGGCCAGCGCGACUUCCCUCGCGAUGCACUUCUUUCCUAAUGCGGAGCGUGCCAACUGA